AUUGCUUGUCUAUAUAGUGGAAUAAGGUUUACCUUUUUUGACAUAGUGGGUUAUGGUACACAGAUUUCUAUGUUCUAUCUUUGAGCAUUCUAUCAUUUCUAUCUAUCUAAAUCUGUGUUAUACAAAGACGUGCACUAUUGCACAUUUCCACUGUAGUCGGUAACUUACUGUUUUCAUAAUAUAUCUUUAAUCGAGUUUAAUAUUAUAAUCUAUGGAGUCCAUGAUAGUAUGGACUGUGAUUCUAUCUAUUCGUGAUAUGAACUAUGGUUUAUCUUAGUCCGUGAUUAUGACUAGGAUAAAUGGAUAAUAAUUAUCUACACACCUUGGGUUAUUACUUAAGGAUACUAUUGAAUUUAGAUACUUUUUAAAGUAGUAUAUGACAAAUUAAAAUACUUUAGCUACCUUACUACCUUACUAUCUACAACUUCUGUCUACCAGAUUUAGUUAAAAAAUUGCGUUAAAUCUUCUUGACGUCGUACCAUAAUCGAAAUCGGAUAGUAAACUAUAAUGAAUUCAUUAGUUGCUGAUUAUGGUGAUGAAACAGACAGUGAUUCGUUGGAAAGUGAUCAAAAUCUAGAUGAAAACACUAAGGAGAUGAAGACAGAUGAUGAGUUUAAAAUUGAGAAUAAGCUUCCCGCACCAAGAUUUAAAGAUACUGGUAUUAUCAAUGAAUCUGUCUUCAGAAAUCCUUACUUAGAAGCUGAAAGAGCUAAAAGUGCAGUAUUAGAAAAACAUGUUAAAAUGGUUCCUGCUAAGGACCACCUUACAAAAGUUAAUGGGAAAAAUAUAUGUUGGAUGAACAAAAAAGGUCGCUGUCGUUUCGGAAAUAAGUGUAAAUUUGCUCACGAUUCAGAACUAUUUAAUGGUCCCAAUACAAUAGAUGAAGACAAAUCAAAUGAAGAGAGUUCAAAAUUAAAUAGAAAAAAGAAAAGACCUGGAUUAUCACAAACUUUAAUACCUGGAAAAAAAAUACUUAAAAUAUUUAAAAAAACAGAAAUGUCUAACGUCCAUUCAUAAAAUAUUACCUACAUAUUUUAUACUGUUUUUUAAAUCCUAAUGUAUAUAAUAUAAGUACAUAAGAAGUUUAAUAAAUGUUAUCAACUUAAACGCAAU